AUGGGUGUUUACGGCCGUGAACUGGUUCACGUAUGGCGAUGGAUUCAUGCCGCCGUUAAGAGAAAUGUCAAACAAAUUGAGUUGACAUUUUACCCUAAGGAGAGUACAGGGGAUAUCGAGAUACCCAAUUGCCUUGUGAUUUGCCCUUCGUUGGAGUUAUUAAGGUUGAGUUUGGGCCAUUGUGGUCUAAGGUUGCCAAAUAUCUUGGGGUUUCUGGCACUUAGGGUUCUUGAUCUGACCAGUGUUGACUUAUUGGAAGACGACAAUUUGGUAAAAGGUUUUCUCGAAAGCUGCCCCCUGCUUGAGGAUCUGACUUUAGAUGACUGCGUGCUAUGCAAACUUGAUCUUCUUUGUAUUUCAUGUCUGAAGCUCAAGAAGCUUAGCAUUGUUAACACGUACGAUGAUAAUGAUGAUGAUGGUGGUCUGUGUGGUGGCGUUAAGAUUUGUUGCCCAAAACUGGUGGAUUUGGAGUUAACAUGUUAUAUAGCUUAUAAUUAUUUCUUUGAAUGUCUAGACUCCUUAAAGAAAGCUGAGAUUGAGCCUAAAUCAGAAGGGAACAACAUAUCCGUGUUGUUUCCUGGAAUUUCUGGUGUGGAAUAUUUGCGCAUCGACCCUUACUUCUUCAUUAAGUGCAUUUAUGCUGCAAUUGAUCCUGGUCUACCUAAUCUGAAGACUUUGGUGCUAAGCACAACUAUGGAUGCCUUCACCAUGGAUAACUUCAACCGAGUUCUCAAAUAUUAUCCCAAACUGGAGUCUCUCAAGUUGUCCAUUAAACAGUUAUUCUCAUAUCAAAUCGAUUUUCAUGGGAGUGAUGGGACGGAAUACGGGUGGUUGGAUGAAGAUGAAACAAGGGAAAUCUUGAGUAUUGAUUUGAAAAGGAUUGAGUUUUUUGAAUUUAAUGGAGAAAAACCGAAAGUUGUUAUAAAAUGGUUUGAUGAUAUAUUGAAUAUGUAUUUCAGUUGGGGUAAGGAAACCAGCGGAAUGGAGCUUUUGAGGUAUGUUGUACUUGUUUCAAUGUUCUUAAUAGAUAAGAGGAAGAAGAAGAGAGCGAUUACUGCUGGUGGCGUGAGGGGGAAGAAGAGAAGGACGAGGCAGAAGUCGGCAUAA